GACACGAAUCCCGUUACUUGUGGGUUUUGGCUCAGCGCUUGGCUCGGUGAGAAAAUUGUUGACAGAGGAGAACCUUUAAUGUUGCGGUGGCAGGAAAACACGAAUUUUUGCAUAGAAUAAGUCGUCAAACAAGGAUAUUUAGCCACCAUGGCGAGUCAACAGUACUCGUUACGAUGGAACAACUACGUACGGCACAUGACAAGUGCGUUUGAAUCUCUUCGAAGUGACAGAGACUUGAUCGAUGUCACGCUCAGCUGCGAAGGAAAGAAAAUCCCAGCCCACAAAAUGCUGUUGUCAGCAUGCAGUUCCUAUUUCAAAGACUUAUUCAAGGAAAAUCCUUGCCAGCACCCCGUAAUUAUUUUCCGUAAUGUCACAUUUGAUGAUCUCAUGGCGUUGGUUGACUUCAUGUACAAUGGGGAGGUCAACGUUGAGCAAGAACAGUUAGCAUCAUUCCUUCACACAGCAGAGCUGCUGCAAGUUCAGGGUCUCACAAACAGUAACAAAGACUCUGAAACCAAGACUAAAAAGACUGCCAAACAACAGGAUGAAAGAGUACCUGCCCCUGAAGUUCAGUUUGACGAGGACGGUCAUCCGUCGCCGUAUCAAUCUGACGAAAGAACAUCAACCCCUACCAGAACAACAGGGCCGCCAGCGGCAAAGAAGAGAAAAUGGCAAUCACCCUCAAGAACGGCUAGCCCUGCGGAAGUACAAGCAAUACCGCAAGGUGCUAGCUCGGGUGGUGAAGGGGAGGAAGGAGAACCACACCAAAUGGAAGACGUGCCUUUGAAAACUGAAGCCGCUGAGUAUGAGGACGACGAUGAUGAGCAAGCUUCGGGUGCUGAUGACAUAGUAGAAGAGCAGGAGAGCAUCAUUGCCAAAAUCCAGAAAAGUGAUCAAUUAAUUUUAACCACCUCAACAAGUAGAAGCAGAGCGUCCAACUCUGACCACUCUUUGUUUGGUGGCAAUGUUAUGGAUAUGUUAUCAACUUCUGAAUCUGGUGAUAUGGGCAAUUUUGUUAUGGCUGGACCAUCAAACGAAAGCAUGGGGCAGGAAGGAAUUCAAGGUGGCGAGGGCAGAAAUUACAAUAAAAAAGCCGAUUUUUUAAGCUCAACGGCAGAGCUUCACGUCAUUUACAGGGACGGCUGUUACGUGUGCAGCGCCUGCGGCCACGAAUUCACCCUGCGCAACUCGUGCCUCAGACACUUUUACGUGCACACGGGUGAAACGACGUGCCCGAUUUGCGCGCGAAAACUCAGCCACAAGUCACACCUCAAGCGGCACAUGAAGAACGUCCACAAUAUGGCCAUGUGAAUAUAAUAGCAAAAGUGUUUCCACGCACCGAAGGAAAUCAAUCAAACUUUUUCUACUUUCUCCUUAAUUAUCGUUUAUUUAAGUAAGAUUCUUCAACAAGGCUCUAUAUUGUCCUUAAAGUGGACGAAUUUUUAAUUUUAACAUGGACACAAGAAGUAGUGCUGCAUUGGAAAAGGAAAAAUCACAAGUGAAGGUUCAUUCUGAAGGCUCAAUAUAAUUUGCUCGAUUUUUUUCAAAACUUCGUGAUUGGAUGAAAAAAAAAUUGAUUGGUUCAGUUUCAAGUUUUAAAAUUUUACUUUUAAACAAAACUUUGGCAUGUGCAAAAAAUAUUCUUUUAAAUAAGACUUUAAAGAAAAUGUUAGAAAAAAAAAUCAUAUUAAGUCUUUUUUAUUUGUUAAUUUUUAAUUUUUUUUUCUGAAAACGGUUUUCUGAAAAUAGUUGUGAAGAUUCCUGAUUUAUGAAAAGAAAAUUUCACUAUUAUCAGAAUUUGUGGAUACUUUUUGUCCCUGGAACCAAAAUUUUUUUGCAGUUUAUUAUUUAAUAUUUUGAAAAGUAAAAUUUGGAGCCAAAAAUUGGGACAAAAUACUAAAUUACCAUACAAAUACGGAAUAUGUAUGGAAUUUAAAAAAAAAUGGAUCUAAAGAUUGAUCUCUUGAACGCCAUUUUUGUGUGUGGAAUCAGUCAUUGAAAACAAUCUGGCUAAAUUUUUUUAAUAAGGAGAUCUUAAGAAAGAAAUCUGAACUUCACUUGUCCCCUUUGCAAUGAUGCCUUUUUUAAUUAACUACCGAAUAAAACUUCAAGUUUGAUUGAUAAAAGCGAGAUUUUUAGGCACAAUUCGCAAGAAAAAACAUUACCAAUGUCGCUGUCCAUGAAAUAAUAUAAUUUUUAUAUUAAAACGAAAUAUUUUCACUUCACGGGAAACAGAGCCAUAAUUUUCACUUAACAACGCAGUUUGCGAUUAAAGGGUUGCACGGAGAGUAAUUUUAAUCUCAUCAUGUGCGCAUAAUAUUCUGGGCUUUUUUUUAAUUUGAAUUCGUUCGUAGAAAAAUACGUAAGGUAUAGAGACAUUACCAUAGAUUUUAACGUGCGGCGAGUGUUGAUGGAAGUGCGUCGCCGAAAAU